AACAGAAGAAGAGUAAGCUAUAUAAAGCAACGUCCAUAACCAUGUGAUGAUUCUGUAAACUCAAAACUCAAACCAAACCCAUUGUUUCAUCGUUACGUAUAAUUCUUCAGAAUUCUGAUCAUGAUAACAUAUCCAUAAUUUUUCUACCUGCUCCUGAAUCCUCCGUGUUGAAGCCAAACAAAGCCUAACCGAAAAUCAAAACAAACUCCGUAACCAACUUCCUCCUAUAUUCUCGGUAUGGCGUCGUCCAAGGUUGUUGCGGUCUCAACGAAUCCGGAUCUGCCACGUGCCUCUCCUAUAUCAUCGUCAACCUCUUCUUUUCAUCUCUCUCAUUCUUCUGAACCGCCUCCAAAAAAACCCACCACCAUGGACGAAAUUCUCAAGAACAUUUACCCCGCCGCAAUAAGAGCCGCCGAACAACAAGGAAAACUAAAACAAGAACAACAAGAAGAAUAUCAAGAACACCAACCGCAUUUCCUCUUCAACAACACAAUCGAUGACUUCUGGAAGGAUUUCGUCGCCGACCCCGGUGCCUGCACAACCCCUUAUCAUCCUCAUCAACAUCAAUAUCAAUAUCAAAACCCUUCUUCUGAUGAAAGUUUCUCUACCUGUACCGGUGGUGGUGACAAUACUCUAGAAGAUUUCUUGAUGAAAGCGGGUGCUCUUCCUUUCUCUAACCAUAGUCAAUAUUCUUCUUCUUCCGAACCUUCCCAUUCUCUUGAUGUUGCUGCUGGGGGAAAACGAAAGGCGGUUGAGGAAGCAGUUGACCUUGAUAAAGCUGCUAUUCAGAAACAGAAAAGAAUGAUCAAGAAUCGUGAGUCUGCAGCCAGGUCUAGAGAACGCAAACAGGCUUAUACUAAUGAGCUUGAGAGAGUUGUCAAGCAAUUGGAGACAGAAAAUAAGCUGCUAAUAGAAGAAGAGGAAGAAAGGAAAAAGGAAAGGCUAAAGCAACUGAAAGAGUUGGUCCAUCCAAUUAUGGGGCAGAGACAAAAUCAGAGGCUGCGGAGAUCGAAUUCAAUAUAAACAUUGUGAUUUGUUUGUCUGAGAUCAACAAAAGAGAGAGUAGGAUUUUUGAGCUAGGUGUGUAGAUAUAAGGGACAGGGUUAGGAUUUUCUUUGGUAGGUUACACAAGCUGCUGGUUUUUGGAGUUACGUAGAGUGAAAAUGCCAGCAGUCAAAUAAUACAACUUUUUUUAAUCAAUGAUUAUUGUUUAGGGAUAGUUUGAGUGGGUAGCAUUAUUAUUCUUUUAGCAAUUUGGAUGAUAUGGCUUCUGAAUAGGAAUGGCCUAUUUAGAUUUUUUGUGAACAUGUAAAGGUUAGUAGAAUUUAGAGGAUUUUUAUGUCACAUGAUUGUUUCUGGGUGAAUUCUUAUUUACGUAACUCAAAAAGUUGGAUAAGGUUACCUUUAGUGUAAAAUAUCUUGAAAACA